AUGGGCAACUCUGGGACCAAAGAAACAGCCUCUCCUUCUCCUUCUCGAUCAUCAAAAGGAAGAAGCUCCUUUGCUAAUACAAGCCCCAAAGCAUCAACUCCUUCAAAAGAAAUUGUAAGCUUGCCAAAGAGGAUUUCUAGUCAUCAAUCAAACACGACGACACCUCUCGGAUCAACUAAGAGAAAAUAUGAAGAAGUUCAGGUGAUAACAUCCAUUCAUGCCAGUCAGGACACAGAACGUGACGAUGACGAAGAAGAAUCGACCAAUAUUCAAAAUGUUGUACAAGAAAGUAAAAAAGUGAAAAGAGAAUCAAUAACAAAUAAUUCCGAUCAUGCAUCAAGUACUGCAACAGCUCCAGCAACCGUGAUUACAUUCAGCGGAUUUAAGAACACCAAUGACAAAUUUAGCAAAAAUGUCAAGAAAAUGUUAACAGAUGAAGCAAUUAAGAACAAUGUGAUUGUGAAAGAAGAAUCAAUCGAUGACCGAGAUACUCUUUCUAAUGACAUCACUCACAUCAUUGCUCCACCAUAUGCUAGGACAAUGAAAGUUUUACAGGCGAUUGCCACAGGUCGCUGGAUCAUGUCAACCAAAUGGAUUACAGAAGGAAAAUGCAGUUUACAUAAUUUGCACUUAUUUGGCGUUAGAAGAUUAGACAGGCCAAUUAGUGGAAAGAAAGUUUUUUUACAUGAAACCUUUUUAAAACAACAUCCCACAAAAACUCUAACUUAUAAACACUGUCAAAUGCUUGUCGAAUUUGGAAGUGGAGAUUUUACUGACAAGAUUGAAGAGGCUGAUUUUUGCAUUGUUGGGGGUGAUGAAAAUUCUGCUGAUGAUAAACUUGUAGAAGAAAAGGAACGUAUUACACAACUUUAUCCUUAUAUGAUGGUUUUGGAAUGGGUAGAACUUGUGGAUUUGAUUUAUCCUUUUUAUCUUGAACAAGCUCUUAGAAAAAUGGAGAAGUAA